UAUCAGGCGGAACCACAUUUUGUCUUCAGUCGUGCUCUGUCUCUCGUUGCUGACGGAACUACGCUUGUCAAUCUGAAAUCCUGAUAUUAAGAUUUCUGCGAAUUAUUUGAUUUUAUAUUCCAUAUCCACUGAUAAAACUAUCACCGAAUAUGUCUAUGGACUCUCAGUCAUUUGGGGGUUCUAAUUUCUUCACCCUGCAGGGAAACAUUUUGACAGAAAACCUGUUUUCAGCGACUCAUUCUGAUUUCAUGAAAGGUUCUAAUUUGAUGCAAGAUGUGAUGCUGAAUAACGAUUCUGAAAGUGCAGGCCUUGUAGUAGCUGGUGAGGUAAGUGGGGUGGAUGAUGGGUAUGACACAAACUCAGAUUUAUCAUCCCCCAUGUCUGCCAAAAGUGAUUGGGGAGAAGCAUCAACACCCUCAAGUACUGGAUCUAGCCAUGAUGAAGGAUUAUCCGCUGAUGAUAACUCCCUAUUAUCUUCAUUCCUGGAUGAGGAGACCUGUUUCAGUCAGUGGGAGCAGUCAUUUGAAUGUGCGGGCAAGAGCCCAGUCAUAAAUGAACCAAUCCUGGAACUUUCACCAAGAAGUCCCAUGGUAGGCCUGCCUUCCUCUACUACACCCAAUGACCUUUCUGCUGCGCUUCACAAGCUCAUACAGCCCAGCCAACAAGGAGUUGAGACCCAAUCAGAGGCAUCCAAGCCCCUUAGGAAACGUUCAGCGACAUCUUUAAGCUCUUGCGGAAUUACCCCCAGGAAGAAGACACGCAAAUUUCCUAGUUUGAUCCAGACACUGCCAGAUAAACUCAAUGGAGGAGAGAUUCAGAUCACUGUUCAGCCAGAGAAGCAUCAUAGAGCAAGGUAUAGGACUGAAGGAAGCAGAGGAAGUGUCAAAGAUGACAGUGGUGAAACCUUUCCCAAACUUAAACUUCUUGGAAUCAACCAACAAGUUUUACUUCAAGUCUUUGUCGUCACUGACCAAGGGAAAGUUCGUCCUCAUGGUUAUUAUCAGGCUUGCAAGGUAACUGGACGUAACACGACCCCUUCUGAGGAAAAGGAUGUGGAAGGAACUACAGUUCUUGAGGUUCCGUGGGAGCCUGUUGAUGGAAAAAUGGAGAUCAGCGUUGACUGUAUUGGCAUCCUUAAGCUCCGGAAUGCUGAUGUUGAGCAGAGGAUAGGGCCCAUAAGGUCAAAGAGGAAGAGCACCUGUGUCCGGUUAGCUUUCAGAGUAAUCGUGCCUGCUUCUGAUGGUACCUUCAGCGUUCUGCAGACUGUCUCAAGAUCAAUAACCUGCACACAACCACUUGGGCAUCCAGAGAUAUUGAAGAAGAGUUUGAGUCGGGUUUCAGUGACUGGUGGAGAAGAACUGUUCAUCAUCGGAAAGAACUUCACAUCAAAGGCCAACACAGAAGUCAAGCUCAGACAACUAGAUGACUUGGGCAAAGUGACUUGGGAAGGAGAUUGUGAGAUUGACAAGGCCUUAUUUCAGAAUAACCACAUCGUGUGCAAGAUCCCUCCAUACCCAAACCAGAACUUGAGGAAGUCUGUGAUCGUGUACCUUGUUGUAACGGGCAAACCAAACCAAUGCAGCGAUCUAGAUGCCCAUCCUAUUGUGUAUCAGCCAAAAAUUGAUGAUACGGUCAAUCAAACACCUAUUGGUUUUGGGGACAAAAAGCCAGCUGUUGGGCUCGGAGUUGCCCCAUCAACUAUCGUCUUGCCGCCAACGCCAACAUCACCAGCUGAUUCGCGCAUGCAAGUCACAAACACAGUCUCGCCUACUCCUGUCAAGGUAGAGUCGCCUGUGAUACUUCAAGCUCCUCCUACACCCAGCCCUCAACCCAACGAGGAGGAAUUCGCUCUUACCCUGCAGAUGCUAGCCACUGCCUACCUGCAGAACAAGGAUAUGUACAACAAUCUCUUGAUGCAGACGACACAGGGUCAAGACAUGCUGUUCGAGAACGAGUUGGCAGAAAUGAUCAAUGAACAACCCCAAGCAAGACAGGACAUUGGUGUUAAUAACAUGGUCCAAGUUCCAGCUAAAGUAUCGGCUGAAGUGCCAGCAGUAGUUGAGCCAGAGACUGGUGAAUCUCAAAUCCUAAUGAACACACAGCUCGAUCUUUCCAAUGUUGCUUCAGAAAUAGCAGACAUCCUUACAAAUUCUGACCUUCCAUGCAUAACAGAUCCACAAGUGCUUGAACUAGAAGAUGUUCUUGAUGUUCUGAAUAAUAACUAAGGUAAGCUGCUAAGACUUCAAACUGAAGAUGGUAGAACAAAACAAAAAAAACAUCCAGCUACAUGGUGAGAAUUCUUUGACGACAUGCGACUGGGGAAGGAUCAAUAAGGCAUGCUGCUAGGGAUUUUGAAAGCAUUCAUUUUAGGCUUAGACGGGAAGGGAGGUUAAGGGGGAGGGGGUAGGUGGACUGAUGUGCUGCUUGGAGGAAACCGCAACUGUAUGUUAAGAUCCAUUGCUAAUGCUGCACUCUGCUGUCAUGCUGAUCGAGAAGAGGUUUUGUGAAUGAAGGUGGUGGGGGGGGGGUAUGGUAUUAAGUUCCUCCAGAGGGAAGGUUUGUGCAUUAAAAAUGCCUGUACAUGUUGUAGAUAGAACUUGUAAUUUACUAUAAAUAUGUUGAUAUGUAAUCUAUACAGAUAUAUUGUACAGCUAUAUUUAUUAUUUCUAUACAGAUUAUUCAUGGGCCAAAUGUGUUCAUUAUUCGGCUUUUGCCUUUAGUUUGAUUUUGCUUUAUAUUCAUCUGCUAAUGAGACCUCUAUUUUUGUAUUGGAGAAAACUCAUUUACAAACAGGAUUUAAAAAGUUUUUUUUUCCAAGUCUAAGGAAGGUAGGAAAAUUGAAGUCACCUUUAUAGCAUUGUAUUUAUACUUUGUGUUCAAAACGAACAGUACUGUUGUGCCUCAAAUGUGGGGUGUAUUUUUUUUUUUUUUUUAUGUACGACUGUUAUGAAGGUAUGUACUAACAUUGUUUGGAUAUUUGAAGGUGCCUGUAUUUGCUAAGGAAAGUUCAAAAAUUAUUUUGGCUAUUUGAUUUCCAUUGAAUCCGGUAGGAAUUAGUCCUGAAUCAACUAUUCAAGCAAUCAUAACAAAUUACCAGGGAAACCUUGCAAUGGUCUGGUUGUUUUUUUUUUUUUUAUAUAUAUAUAUAUAUAAAGGGAAUAGUGAUGGGCAAAAUUUGUUUUAAAAUCCAGACGAUGUUAGCAUGUUGCCUUAUAUAAUUACUACAACUCUUGCAAAUUAUAAGUGAAGAAGUCACAACACUUGCCAUAUGGGGUAGCUGAACUGAACUGGUUAUGUAUCUGGGAACUUGAACAGGAUAUAUCCCAUUUGAAGUCAUCUUUUAUUGCAGGACAGUUAGGGUAGGGGAAAAGAAGUGUGCCAGCACUGGCAUGAUACAUGACAAGGUUUUGUGUGGGGGGGGGGGGGGUGUCAAUGCGAAUCUCUUAAAAGUCUUAAUGUUUGGGGGGGGGGCAUAAAAAUGAUUUUUUUUUUAGGAAUUAGAUAAACAGGUACUCAUCCGUCCAUAUUACGUUGAGUGAUGCUAGCAGGAAAGCUGAAUUUUGUGGUGCCAAAACCGGAUUCAUUCACUAUCAGACUAUUAAUGCCCAUGACUAUGCCAGCAUUAUCCAGUUUAAAAGUGUACUGGUGGAUAGAAUCGCAUGUUUUCUAUGUGAUGCCCUAUAUUUAUUUUAUGGUUCAUUACUAAAGCAAAGAUAACACAUGUUUUUGCAACUGUUGAGAAAAAAUCUAAAACGUGAGUGUCUUGUGUAAGCGCUCUACUGUAAAAAAAAAAGGCUUAAUAAAAAAUAAAAUCAAGAAAACUA